UGGACCCUGCAGGCGAAGGAGAAGCGUGGCUGGACUCUGAACAGUGCUGGCUACCUGUUAGGUCCCCGUCGUAUUGAUCACCUAAUUCAGAUAAAGGAUUCUCCCAGUGCCAGAGGCAGAGAGGAGCUGGUCGCUCAAUACGGGAUCGAUGGACACAGGACGCUCGUAGACAAGGCGGGGCUCGCUGGGAAGAGGGACAUGGAGGAGGACUACAGAACAGGUGCCCAGAGAAUAGCAGAUGGAGACAUCAUCCACACUGUCAUCGACAUCCUGUCGUACCUUAAACUUAAAGAGAUGGGAGCCUUGGACAGCCUGCCUUCCUCUGUGACAUCAGAUGAACUUGCCAACCCCUAAUGGCCCCCCCUCUCCUCACCUCCAUCAGCCCGAGUCAUGCUUUUGCUAUCCGGACCCCCUCCGUCUUACAUGUCCCCUUCCUGUCCCACCAUCCAUACCCUGACGCUGGAUUUGUCCUGGCUCCAGAGAUCUGCUUCUUUGACUCUUUGAAUGAUUGUCCCCCCAAUACAAAUACGAGAUCUGUCUGCUCCUAUGUAAAUAAAAAGGUCAGCGAGUGUCUGCUGGCUGUGGGACGAUCUGUUCAAUAACUCA